GUAACAACAUUUUUGUUUAUGUUAAUUUUUUAAUGUUUCUUACAUAAUUUUUGUAUGCUGAUUUCAGUGGUACCAUUGGUUUUUCUCUAUCAUCAAGAUUUCCUGAGAAAAAGCAUAAAUUUAACUAAUUACAACUGUUACAUGAAGUAGUGAAUAUGUCUAGUAGAUCCUGCAAGCUUUGUCCUGACUCAUUCUGUUAUGUUUGUGGUUACUAUAUUAGUCCAACACAAGCUAAACAUAAGAUUGUCAGUGGUACAAAAUUCUUUACUGCAUAUCAUGCUUAUUUUGGCAUGGCUAUGGGAGAUCAGGACAAAUCGUGGGCACCACACAACAGUUGUGGUAGCUGCAGAUCAACUCUGGAAGAAUGGCUGCGUGGAAUCCGAAAGUCAAUGCCCUUUGCGAUUCCGAGAAUAUGGAGAGAACCGACGAACCAUCAUGAUGACUGCUUUUUCUGCAUUGUUGACAUUUCAAAGUAUAAAAAACCGAAAGAUAGGCUGACUUUAGUUUAUCCAAGUAUACCAUCUUCUAUUGGACCAGUUCCACACAGUGAUGAAUUGCCUGUUCCUACUCCACCUCAAACCGAAGAAGCAGCUGCAUAUCAUUCUGAAGUAGACUCACCGGAUGAACUCAAUGAUGACUGUGGUUUCAGGGAACCGAAUGAUUCACCUCAUUUCCCUAACCAACAAGAACUUGAUGACUUAGUACGAGAUUUAGGUCUCACUAAAUCAAAUGCAGAACUUCUGACAUCACGUUUGAAAGAAUGGAAUUUAUUAGAUCCAAGCUGCAGAACCUCGAAAUACCGAAAAAGACGAAAAAGAUGA